UGUGCGAUGGGGGGCGGGGGGCGGGGGGCGGGCAGAGCCGGGAGGAGCGAGCCUAGUGGACGCUGCCACCUGAUCCCAUCCAGGCGCUGAGAGGCAAGCCACCGGCACUCGGCGCGCAGGGCCCCGGGCACCCUCGGACCCCGUGCGGAUUUCGAGACAAGGGUCCAGAGAUAGCGGCGGCCGCCCCCAACCCGGGCCAGAGGCAGAGCCCAGGCGUGCGGUGCUUCUCGGGAACACUGGCCCUGCUACCAGAGCCGCAGGAUCCCCCAUGAGUGCCUGUGAAGGGAGUCCUGGAUAGUGAGGCCCUGGCUGGUCCAGGGGUGGGUACUCCGCCAUGCCACCCAUCCUCCAGCGCCUGCAGCAGGCCACCAAGAUGAUGAGCCGCCGGAAAAUCCUGCUGCUGGUGCUAGGGUGCAGCACCGUAAGCCUUCUCAUCCACCAGGGGGCGCAGCUCAGCUGGUACCCCAAGCUGUUCCCCUUGAGCUGCCCUCCUCUGCGGAACUCGCUGCCGCGCCCCAAGCACAUGACUGUGGCCUUCCUGAAGACUCACAAGACGGCAGGCACGACGGUGCAGAACAUCCUGUUUCGCUUCGCCGAGCGCCACAACCUGACGGUGGCCCUGCCGCACCCGAGCUGCGAGCACCAGUUCUGCUACCCCCGCAACUUCUCGGCGCACUUCGUGCACCCGGCCACGCGGCCGCCGCACGUGCUGGCCAGCCACCUGCGCUUCGACCGUGCGGAGCUGGAGCGCCUCAUGCCGCCCGGCACCGUCUAUGUCACCAUCCUGCGCGAGCCGGCCGCCAUGUUCGAGUCGCUCUUCAGCUACUACAACCAGUACUGCCCGGCCUUCCGGCGCGUGCCCAACGCCUCGCUCGAGGCCUUCCUGCGCGCGCCCGAGGCAUACUACCGCGCUGGCGAGCACUUCGCCAUGUUCGCACACAACACGCUGGCCUACGACCUGGGCGGCGACAAUGAGCGCAGCCCGCGCGACGACGCCGCCUACCUGGCGGGCCUCAUCCGCCAGGUGGAGGAGGUUUUCUCGCUCGUCAUGAUCGCCGAGUACUUCGACGAGUCGCUAGUGCUGCUGCGGCGCCUGCUGGCCUGGGACCUGGACGACGUGCUCUACGCCAAGCUCAACGCGCGCGCCGCCAGCUCGCGCCUGGCCGCCAUCCCCGCGGCGCUGGCGCGGGCGGCGCGCACCUGGAACGCCCUGGACGCCGGCCUCUACGACCACUUCAACGCCACCUUCUGGCGCCGCGUGGCGCGCGCGGGCCGCGCGUGCGUGGAGCGCGAGGCGCGCGAGCUGCGCGAGGCCCGCCAGCGCCUACUGCGGCGCUGCUUCGGGGACGAGCCACUGCUGCGGCCUGCCGCGCAGAUCCGCACCAAGCAGCUGCAGCCGUGGCAGCCCAGCCGCAAGGUGGACAUUAUGGGCUAUGACCUGCCCGGCGGCGGCGCCGGCCCGGCCACCGAGGCCUGCCUCAAGCUGGCCAUGCCCGAGGUCCAGUACUCGAACUACCUGUUGCGCAAGCAGAAGCGCCGGGGCGGUGCGCGGGCUCGGCCCGAGCCCGUCCUGGACAAUCCCCCGCCUCGGCCCAUCCGAGUGCUGCCUCGCGGCCCUCAAGGUCCCUGAGCUCCGCAGGCCUCCAGGAGUAUGGGUCCUGCCCUGCCCUCCCAGGAGUCCAGCCAGGGGCUGCCUCCAUGUCCUGCCCCCAUGAGAGCCCUUUCUUUUCAAGGGGCUUGAGUCCCUCGCUGAACUUUGGGGUACGCCUCCCUAUCUGAGCCCCCGCUCCCGAUCGUGGGCUGAACCCUGCCUUCGGGCACGGCGCUGAUAGGCUGGAUCCAGCGCUGGGCCACCCUCUCCUUCCCAGCUGGUUGGUGAUUUUGACGAGAGGCCUGAGGGCUGUCCAGAACUGCUCACCCUGCCUUUUUCUGGGGGCUGAGCCCCCACAACCUGUUUUUUCCAAGUGGAUAAGCCCAGGCCCCAUGGAGAGAGGCUCAGCCCUAGGGAAAGGCUGCUCUUGCUCUCCCUCCCAGGGCUUGAGGCUCCCUAUACUUUUCUGUCUUCCAGGUUCUACCCUCCCCACAGACCUAAGCUGCUCCCAGUCUCCCAGAACCAAGAGUUCUUGGGUUGGGAUUUUUGUUUGGUUGGUUUUUCUUUUUUUUAAUAAAACAUCUUUAAAAUGUG